CACACCCAGCCGGCAGCCUGGGGUCAGCUCCCUUGCAGACUUCACCUGCCAGCGCUUAGCAGUCAGCAUGCUCAGCCUCAUGAAAUUACGCAGGGUCGUCACCAUCAAUCAAGUGCCCAAAGUUUUCCAAGAGGAUAGCAUCAUCUCAGGCUACCGUCACCCCCGCAGCUCGGCCACAGACUGCAUACUGAGCAUCUUUCAGCUGACCAAUGAGACACUAAACAUCUGGACCCACUUUUUGCCCACCUGGUACUUCCUAUGGAAACUAGUGAGCGUAGUGCUGAUACAGACAGCAUGGCAGCACACCUUCACCUGGCCUCUGGUGGUCUUCCUGGUGUCCUGCUGCAUGUAUCCACUGGCAUCCAGCUGUGCUCACACGUUCAGCAGCAUGUCAGCACGGGUGCGACACAUCUGCUUCUAUAUUGACUAUGCGGCACUUAGUUUCUACAGCCUGGGGUCAGCAACGACAUAUUCAGCGUACGUGUUCCCAGACAAGUGGGUAAACACCUUCUUCCACCGUUGCUUCAUCCCUGUGGCUUUGCUCAACUCAGUCAUCUGCACCAUCUUGGCCUGCUACUCCAGAUUCCCUGAGUGCCAGAGUCCAAGGUUCAGCAAAGUCCUUCGUGUUGUUGCAUUUGCCUACCCCUACCUGUUUGGCAACAUUCCUCUCUUCUACAGGGUGUUCCUGUGUGUAGGGGAGGGUUGCACAGACAAUCACACCAACAUCCUCCACUACAAGCACAUUGCCUUGGCCUUUCUCACCGGCUUCCUGUUUACAACACAUCUACCUGAGCGCCUAGCACCCGGCAGCUUCGACUAUAUUGGUCACAGCCAUCAGCUCUUCCAUGUUUUUGGCAUCCUUGGAACCCACUUCCAGAUGACCGCUCUGGAACAAGACAUGGCAACCCGACGAUCCUGGCUCGUCGACCACUCUCUACCCAUCACCUUCGCUAACUCAGUGGGUGUGGGACUACUUUGCCUGCUGUUCAAUUUGGGCAUCAUCCUCGCCUUCAGCCUACCACUCCUCACUACACCGGCCUGUCAGCAAAACAAACAUAGUAAACAUGGAAAGGCACAUUCUUCUUAGCUUCUGAUUCCCAAUUCAUUAGCCUCUCACUCAUUUACAUACAAUGCAUACAAAUAUAAUUCAUAUUUCUGUGGAUACUGCUUAAGCCACAAAUGUAGCAACAAAAUGAAAUAAAAAUGAAGUCUCAAACCAUGUAAAUCAUUUUAAAUACAAAUUUAAAAUAGCCAUAUUUAAGAUAUUUAAAAUCUGCUUAUUUUCAUUUAUUAUGGUGGUCAAUGAAGAGUUGAGGCGAAGAAAAACUCAAGAUAUUUUUAACUGCACCACAAUUUUUCAUAUUUCAUAUUUUUCAUAUUUUCAUACGUAUAGUGUUUGUAUAUGAUGUAUGAGUCUUUAUAAUGACAGGGACUUUUAAACCCAUGUGAUUGUAAACUUGACGUAUUUUAACAUGUCUGAUUGAUUGAUUGAUUGUCUGAAAUAAAACUGAAAGUAUUUAUGCACAAGUUUAUUUAUAAUGUUUUUUAAAAAUA